AUGUCUUGUUGGUAUUUUGACAAAGACGAGCUAUUUCGAACCCCCUCUGCUCGAGAUGGCAUACCACAUGAGAAGGAGACCCAGUAUCGUCAAGAUGGAGCAAAGUUCAUCAUAGACGCUAGCACUAAGUUGGGCUUGGGCUACAACACGAUGGCUACUGGUGUUCUUACAGCUUGCUGUUGUCUUUUUCUUGCUGGUAAAGUAGAAGAAACGCCAAAAAAAAGUAAAGACAUACUAAAUUUGGCUAAAACAAUAUUACCUAAGCACAAAUAUAAAACCUUCAGAAAAGACCCAAAGGAAGAUUUAUUGAUACUCGAGCAUAAAUUAUUAAAAACAAUUAAAUUUGAUUUACAAGUUGAUCAUCCAUAUCGGUUUAUAACGAAAUAUGCUAAAUGUUUUAAAGGUGAUCAGACUAAACUGACUAAAACAGUACAAAUGGCUUGGACAUUUAUAAAUGACAG